AUGGCGACGAAGGAGAACGGUACUGAUGGGAAGAAACCGGGUCGGGUCAUCGACGGACCCACAAACCCGAUGGUCACGCCUCUGCUCAACGAUCUUUACCAAUUCACCAUGGCUUAUGCUUACUGGAAAGCCGGCAAACAAUCCGCACGAUCCGUGUUUGAUUUGUAUUUUCGUAAGAACCCAUUUGGUGGAGAGUACACUAUCUUCGCUGGGUUAGAAGAAUGCAUCAAGUUCCUCGCUAAUUUCAAUUUGACUGACGAAGAGAUUGAUUUCGUUCGUGACUCGUUACCUGGAUGUGAGGAAGCUUUCUGUGAUUAUCUUCGAGGGCUUGAUUGUUCUGACAUUGAGGUGUAUGCUAUUUCGGAAGGAUCAGUUGUUUUCCCCAAAGUUCCUUUACUCAGAAUCGAAGGUCCUGUUGCUGUUGUGCAAUUGUUGGAAACUCCGUUUCUCAAUCUCAUCAAUUACGCAUCUCUGGUUGCUACAAACGCAGCAAGGCAUCGGUUUGUCGCCGGAAAAUCUAAGCUUCUGCUUGAGUUUGGUGCUCGAAGAGCUCAGUGCUUUUGUUUUGUUUAUGGGAACAUUGAAAUGGAAGAGAAUGUGAUUUUUGUUGGUCUCUUGCUUUGUUGUUAUAAUUACGGCAGCAAUGUUGCGGCGGGGAAAUUGUUUGGAAUACCGCUCCGUGGUACACAUUCACAUGCUUUUGUUAGCUCAUUCAUGAGUCUUGAUGAGAUUGUUGACAAAGCGCUUCGAAGCUCUGAUGGUAAAAGCACUUGUGAAGAUUUUGUCACUUUGGUCCAAACAUGCCUAUCCAAGAUUCAGAGUUCAUCUUCAUUAUGCGGGAUCUUCUCUGAGACGAAUCAAAGCGAGCUUGCAGCUUUCACUUCCUACGCACUCGCGUUCCCCAGCGCCUUUCUUGCUCUUGUUGACACUUACGAUGUGAUGAAGAGUGGCAUUCCAAACUUCUGUGCUGUUUCUCUAGCACUUAACGAACUCGGAUACAAAGCAGUAGGCAUUAGACUGGAUUCAGGUGACUUGGCCUAUCUUUCUACUGAAGCCAGACAAUUCUUUUGCGCCAUAGAGAGAGAGCUUAACGUGCCUGACUUUGGGAAGAUGAUCAUUACCGCUAGUAACGAUCUAAACGAAGAGACAGUCGAUGCUUUGAAUAAACAGGGUCAUGAAGUAGAUGCCUUUGGAAUUGGAACCAACUUAGUGACUUGCUACGCGCAAGCGGCGUUAGGCUGUGUGUUCAAACUCGUGGAGAUUAAUAAUCAGCCUCGGAUCAAACUUUCUGAAGAUGUUACUAAGGUAUCGAUACCGUGUAAGAAACGUACUUACAGAUUAUUCGGAAAAGAGGGUUACCCUUUGGUUGAUAUUAUGACUGGAGAGAACGAACCACCUCCAAAGGUUGGUGAAAGGCUACUUUGUCGUCAUCCAUUCAAUGAGUCGAAAUGGGCUUAUGUGGUGCCACAACGCGUGGAAGAGCUUCUGAAAUGUUAUUGGCGUGGAAAUGCAGAUGAAGCCAGGGAAGAGCUAGAGCCAUUGAAAGAGAUAAGAAACCGUUGCAUCAAGCAGCUGGAAAACAUGCGACCCGAUCAUAUGAGAAGGUUAAACCCUACUCCGUAUAAGGUUAGUGUCAGCGCCAAGUUGUAUGACUUCAUCCACUUCCUCUGGCUCAACGAAGCUCCUGUCGGGGAACUGCACUGA